AUGCCUGCUCUUGGAGGUAUUUGCUUUGAAAGAAACCGCUCGGCAGAGUUGCAAGUCGUACCAGUAUGUCGAUUCCGCCAACCACUGCAGGAGCGGCCUCUGCGCCUGUUGAGAGAUAGCGCUGUGGCCAAGUUCACAGUCAUCCGACUAAGUGAGACUCCGUACUUGAACAGUGAUCGGCUGUUGACCCUUCACGGCGCUUGGAACAAGGGGCUUGGCACUUGGGUUUCGAUGUCGAACAUGCGUUUCUGGUUGUGGAAUCACGGAGGGUGCAACCGUUCCAUGGGCGAAUGGAGUUGGGUGGGAGGCGCGUUCUUGUACAUAUGA